CAGGAAGGAAAUAAAGAAGAACUAAUAGCUGAAUAUCUGUGAAUAUAUUUGGGUUAGCUGAAAGAAAAUCGUUCUACUUAAUUGAAAUCCCGUUGAAAAAAUGACAACACCUGAAGUUAAAAUAACGCUGAAGCGCUUCCUGGAUCAGCUGAAUGACAAAAGUCUGGAGCAGUUUCAGUGGAACUUGGGCCUGUAUGAAAGCGAUGGAUUCCAACGCAUCCCGAGGGCCCAGCUGGAGAACGCUACCAGAGAGAAAACUGUGGAUAAACUGGUGCAGUUUUAUGGGAAAGACGCUGCUGUGGAGACAACAGUGGAGAUUCUCAGAAUGAUUAAUCACAACGAUCUUGCAGAUGACUUAGAAGAAGCCUCUCAGAAUGAUGAUGACGAUGACGAUGAUGAUGAUGAUUAAGAUGAAGAAGAAAAAGAAGAAGAAGUUGUCCUGCCAUGAAUAUUCAGAAGUAGAUGACCCAUUUGUCGUUAAUCUCCUUUUUUCUAGUUGAACUAGUAGUAAAGUAGUAAUAGUAAAAAAUAAAUAAAUGAAUGAUAGAUAAAAGUGGAUGAAAUCUGCAAGUCUUUAGACUUUCACAAAAGUGCUAAAAGUCUUUGUGCAUGUGAGCCUUCUGGACUUCAUUGCUGAUUUUGUUUUAAAUUUAUUUACGAAGUAGAGAUUUGUAAAUUCAAACCUUUUUUUUCUUGAUGCUAAAUCAUUCCAUUAAGAAGCUCAAU